AUGUCCGUCAAACAACGCCUUCUGCGCAUUGCGGUCUCGCACAAUCGCCACCCGUCCCUCAGUGAGGAGCAAUUCCAUCAAUGGGCGACCAAGGAACACUGUGCUAGAGCAGCUCGUAUUCACGCCAGGCACGGCAUUGAAGCCUAUGGAAUGCUCUUUAGUCCGGAGACCGCCAGGACCACCGUGAAGAACCUAAAUCGCACCCUGGGAGGAAGCUGGGCGGUCGAUGAACACGACGUGACUGUCGAAUUCUACCUGCAUAAUCUCGACGAGCUUACCUCCGUCCUGGAAGAUCCAGAAUUCAAGGCCCUCCAACAGGAGGAAGAACCCUACGUGAGCGGCAAGGAUAUCGUGGCCACUCUCGGCUGGGUAGAAUCAUAUGUCCAAAACGGCCGAGUGGUGAAUCUCAACCCUGGUGGAGUGCCCACUUAUCCCAAUUUUGGCGUGCUGGCGGACUUUUCGAGCGAGCAAGUGAAUCAGAAAUGA